UUUGGCACUUUUCCCCACCUCUCAGAUCUUUGUCUGUUUAGUCCUCUCUAGGAUUUCCCGCUCGCUCCGUUUAACCCCUUCAUCGUUUAUGAAAGGGAGGGACGGGGCGAGACAACGCUUCUUGCAGGCAAAGUCAAGAACGGGAAGGAAAGAGGAAGCGAGGCUGUUGCAAAUGCCGGUGAAUUUCAAAGAAGUUGCUAUGUUUUUCCCAGAGGAUCAAGGACUAUUGUUGGAUGUAGAUCAAAGGAGUCUCUAUGAAAGUGGCAUGCAGGAGAAUGGUGAUGGACAGAUACAUGAGAAGGAAGAUGUUCUAGGGAAAAACUAUGAACAGAAUCAACAAGCCGGGGCAUCCUCAAACGCGCCCAGCGAAGUGGUUUCCUUGUGUUUUCAGGAAGGAGAGCCACCCGUGAAACACCUCAACCCAGAGAGGCAGCGGCAAUACCAUUUAGCAAAGAGAAAGGAUAGCUCUGCAGCUUAUACCCAGAUCCCCCAGACUCCAGGCCAAGGUGCAGCUGGGAAGACCAGGCGCAGAUCCAAGAUCCCAAGAACCUGUAACGAAUGUGGGAAGACCUUCGCUCAGGCCUCCAACCUCUUGGCCCAUAAACGGAUCCACACGGGCGAGAAGCCCUAUAAAUGCAUCCACUGCGGGAAAAGCUUCACCGAAAGGUCGAAUCGUAACCGGCAUCAGAAGACCCAUUCAGGAGAAAAGCCCUUCAAGUGCCUUGACUGCGGAAAGAGCUUCAGCUUCAGGUCUGACCUCAUCCGACAUGGGAUCACCCACACGGGAGAGAGGCCGUACAAAUGCUCGGACUGUGGGAAAAGCUUCAGCCAUGCCUCGACCCUCAUUCGGCAUGAGAACAUCCACACGGGGGAGAAACCCUACUCCUGUGCAGAUUGCGGGAAAUGCUUCACUCAGAGCUCAUCCCUUCUGGCGCAUAAACGACUGCACACCGGAGAGACGCCGUUCAUCUGCCCCGUUUGUGGAGAAAGCUUCAACUGGAAGUCACAUCUGGUGACGCACAAGCGAACGCACACUGGGGAAAGGCCGUAUAAGUGCGCCAAGUGUGAGAAAAGCUUCAUUGAGAAAUCCAAACUGAACAGGCAUCAGAGGACCCACACGGAGAAGGAACUGUAUGAAUGUGGGGAGUGCGGGAGAAUCUUUAGCAUCCGAUCCAACCUGGUUAGGCACGAGACUACUCACCGAGGGGCGAAAUCCUACAGCUGUUUGAACUGUGGGAAAAAUUUCAACCAGUCAUCAAAGCUGAUGCGGCAUGAAAGGAUCCAUACAGGAGAGAAGCCCUACUCCUGUUCAGGCUGUGGGAAAAGUUUCAGCCAGACCUCCGAACUCCUGCGCCACGAAAGGAUCCACACCGGAGAGAAGCCGUACAAAUGUUUGGUGUGCGGGAAGUGCUUCUAUCGCAAAUCACACCUCAGCACUCACGAGGCAACCCACUUAGCCGACCUGCCAUGUGGAGGACUACAAAGCAGAGCAAUCUAUGAUAGCAGCUCACUCUUUAUUGCAGGGCUGAGUCCCCACCAGCAGACUCAAGCAGACAGCCAGGCAUACCUGGACGCGGAAAGUGAACAAGAUUACAGCCAUAGUUCAAUCUUUAUCGCAGGGCUGAACCCCAGCAGGCCCACACACAUAGGUGACCGGCUGUAUGAAUGGCCCAACAGUGAAACAAGCUAUGGCUGUUGUUCACUCCUAAUCACUGGAGUGAAUCCACAGGAAGGCAUCCAGGCAGAGGAACCCCUGUUUCAGUGUCUGGACAGAGAGACCAGCUAUACUCGCAGCCCAUUGUUUAAAAGCAUCAUGAAUGCACGCCAGGUGGUCCUUUCAGGAAGCCGACCGAUUGCCUGCCUGGACCGUGAGAAAAAUUACAGUGACCCCUUGCUUUUUCAGAAGGAGGAGAAACUGUUUAAAUGUCUCGAAUGUGGAAAGAGCUUCAACUGGCAGUCUCAUUUCACUCGGCACAAAAGAAUUCACACGGGAGAAAAACCGUACUGUUGCACGGACUGUGGGAAAAGUUUCAACCGCAGGUCACACCUCAUUCGACAUGGGCGGACCCACAACGGACUGAGCCUCUACUCUCAGACUGUUGAAGAGUCCUCAGUUCAGGACCUCGUUUUCUUAAACCCAAGUGAAUCAAUGCAGGAGAGGACUUUGAUUAACACACAGAGUUUCGGGUCUUCCUUUAUGGCUCAAACGAGGCUACAGCCUGGAAACCUCACAAUCCUGUCUGCUGAAACCACUCAGGAACAAAUCUUGUGAAGGUACAAUAAUUAAAGAACUCGUCCCAGGGAAAUGCCAUGUAUUGGGCAACUUCGUAGUAGAAGAUCAGUUCUCACUAGGCCACGGGUAGGCAACCUUGGCUCUUUUAUGACUCGUGGACUUCGACUCCCAGAAUUCCUGAGCCAGCCAUGCUGAGGGGAAAGGGAGAGGUUUCUAAGCUGAGCCAUGCUGGCUCAGGAAUUCUGGGAGUUGAAGUCCACGAGUCAUAAAAGAGCCAAGGUUGCCUACCCCUGCACUAGGCCCAAAUACCUGUGCAAGGGAACAUGGCCUUAGCUCUUACGAAUAGUAGAUGUGGUAAAACUGUUCCUAGCAGAAGGGGGUCACGUGGAUGUUCUUCCAUAAAAUAAUUCCAGGUCUCCAUGCUCACUGAAAAGUAGCAUGUCAAUGAGCUAAAUUAGCAGUCUCCCGGAGGUGGUGCUUCUAUACACUUAAGGGGUUGGUUUUUUUUCAUGGAUAUACAAUCCCUGGCUUCCGAUCUCUCAUUCAUGUUCACAAUAAGGCUAUUAAAAUUUUCAAUCCAAAGCCAAACCAUAUGGGAGAAUUCGUGCCAAGAAUGUUUUCUCUUUUCACACCUUUGCAAAUUCUUCCAGUAGAGCUGAGAGGGGGGGAAACUUGGCCUCUCCAGUUGCUGCUUUAUUUUCACUUAUCAUUCACCUCAGGCAGUGAAUGUCAAGGAUGAUGGGGAUUAGAGUCCAGCAGGAUCUGGAGUGGUACAAGUGCUCAGUCUCAACUGUUAGUGAAAUGGCUGGACCACUCAAGAUGAUAAUGGGUUGUAGAGCUGAAUUACAGCCCUCAAUAUUAGAAAACUUCCAUUAAAUUAAAAAAAACCUCCCUCCCUCAAUUGUGUUUUGUGUUUAGAGAGGCAAGUUCCAAUUAGGCUAGCAACAAUGUUUUUCCGCUUUCUGAAAACUAGAUCUUAAAGCCAUUUCCACGUAUCUGUAUAGAUAGCAAAGGUAGUCUAAAAGAAAUUGCAUGAAUAGGUAAAUUUAGAUGGUAACAUAUUAGAAUGACAGUGCAAGCAGCCUUCGACUUAUGACUCUAAUUGAACCCAGAAGUAAAUCAGUUUUUAAGUCGUCACCUGACUUUACAACCGUUUUUGCUGCGGUUGUUAGACGAAAGCUGCUGUUGUAAAGUGAAUCCGUUGUCUGCAAUGGAUGUUUUUUUUUUGCUGGAAACCAGAAGUAAAAGCCGGUUUCUGACAACAACAAAAAGGGGGGGGGGGUAGUCAUUUGACCUCUAGGACCCUGCAAA